AUGUUUAACAAUAAUCCAAGAAAUUCAUCUCAUAAAUAAUUGAAGACUUUGUAAAGUUAAUCUUAAUCAACACCAGCCUUAAAAUCUAUAGAAUAAUUGAAAACAGAAGGAAUUCAAUAUUAUUAUCAUUAAGGAUAUGAAAGGAAAGCAUUACAUAAAAUUUUUUCGCUUAAUACAAAAAAAAGACAUAUCUAAAGAUAUAUAAAUUAGUAGGUUUAUAAUGCAGAUUUAAAUGGAGUAUCUCUUAAAGCAAGUUAAUUGGAUAGAUUUAAUUUAUACUAAAAAGGUUUAACCAAGUAAUUUAUAAUUUAUGAUUAUUUAGUGAAUUACAAGCAAAUUCCAAAAGUUAUACUAAUUUAUCUCGUCUGAAAAAAGGAGACUUUUAAACUAAUUCAACAGAAUAACUAUAUGGAUUUAAACAUUCAUAACACAGAGACAUACGUAUAACAUCAGGUUAAAGAAUUUCAUCUCUCUAAUAAGAUAAUAAUCAAACUAAUCAAAAUAAAUUUUCAAUAUCAAAACAUUUGGUUAGGCCAAAAAGAGAGGAAUAAUUAGUACAAGCUAUUAGGAAAGACAACAUUUUUACUAUUGUUUACAAAUCCAAUAUUUUUUCCAAUUGA